UGGGUACUUCGCACGGCAACACCUGCCCCUUCUCUCUCUCUCUCUCUCUCUCUAGACUCUGAAGUCUUCUUCUCAGUCACUACACACAUGCAACUCAUCUCUGGUCUGUUGUAUUUCGAUGCCUUUCUCUUUGCCAAUACACAAUUUGAAUCGAGUUCUGUUUCGAUGUAAAAGCCACCGCUUAAUUAGAGGAAGUGAAAUUUAAGUUAUUGUAAAAGGAAAAGGGAUUUGAAGAAUAAAUGGCUUACAAUAGAAAGGGGUCUGAUCCGCAACCGCAGAGGCGGAUUUUGCGGACUCAGACCACGGGGAAUUUAGGGGAGACAAUGAUGGAUAGUGAGGUAGUUCCAUCAUCACUGGUCGAGAUUGCUCCGAUUCUACGGGUCGCUAAUGAAGUUGAGCCCAGCAACCCCAGGGUGGCCUAUCUUUGUCGGUUCUAUGCCUUUGAAAAAGCUCACAGACUAGAUCCAACAUCAAGUGGGCGUGGAGUUCGCCAAUUCAAAACUGCCCUUCUUCAACGCUUAGAAAGGGAAAAUGAAACAACAUUAGCGGGAAGGACAAAAAGUGAUGCUCGUGAAAUGCAGAGUUUUUAUCAGCAUUACUACAACAAAUAUAUCCAGGCUUUGCAGAAUGCCGCUGAUAAAGCAGAUCGUGCUCGGCUUACAAAAGCAUAUCAAACUGCUGCUGUUCUGUUUGACGUUUUGAAGGCUGUUAAUCUGACAGAAUCUGUUGAAUUGGCGGAUGAGGUUUUGCAAACUCAGAAAAAAGUUGCAGAAAAGACAGAGAUAUAUGUGCCUUAUAAUAUACUGCCUCUUGAUCCUGACAGCUCAAAUCAAGCGAUUAUGAAAUACCCUGAGAUUCAAGCUUCUGUUUCUGCUCUUCGAAACAACAGGGGUCUGCCAUGGCCCAAGGGGCACAAGAAGAAAGUAGAUGAAGACAUUCUAGACUGGCUUCAAGCUAUGUUUGGAUUUCAGAAGGAUAAUGUAGCAAAUCAAAGGGAGCACUUAAUUUUGUUGCUGGCGAAUGUGCACAUUCGAAAAUCUCCAAAGCCUGAUCAGCAACCUAGGUUGGAUGACCGUGCACUUACAGAAGUUAUGAAGAAACUUUUCAAAAACUACAAAAAAUGGUGCAAGUUUUUGCGUCGCAAAAGUAGUCUUUGGUUGCCAACUAUUCAACAGGAAGUGCAGCAACGGAAAUUACUGUACAUGGCGCUAUAUCUUCUCAUAUGGGGGGAAGCUGCAAACUUGAGAUUUAUGCCAGAAUGCCUAUGCUAUAUUUAUCAUCACAUGGCAUUUGAACUGUAUGGCAUGCUGGCUGGGAAUGUAAGUCCCGUGACAGGUGAACAUAUUAAGCCUACAUAUGGUGGUGAAGAGGAGGCUUUCUUAAAGAAAGUGGUGACUCCAAUCUAUAACAUGAUAGCAGAGGAAGCUAAAAGGUGCAGAGGGGGGAGAUUAAAACAUUCUCAAUGGAGGAACUAUGAUGAUUUAAAUGAAUACUUUUGGUCAGUUGAUUGUUUUCGGCUAGGUUGGCCAAUGCGCGCUGAUGCAGAUUUCUUUUGCCUGCCUAUUGUACAGCUUCAUGCUAACAAGAAUGAGGAGACCAAACCGGCCACUAGGGAUCGAUGGACAGGCAAAAUUAAUUUUGUUGAGAUAUGCACAUUUUGGCAUAUUUUUAGGAGUUUUGAUAGAAUGUGGACCUUUUUUAUCUUGUCUUUACAGGCAAUGAUCAUCAUUUCUUGGAACGGGUCGGGGACACUACGUUCUAUAUUUCAGGGUGAUGUGUUCAUGAAAGUAAUGAGCAUCUUUAUAACUGCCGCAAUAUUAAAACUUGCUCAAGCUGUCCUUGAUAUAAUUAUGAGCUGGAAAGCCAGGCACAGCAUGUCAUUGCACGUUAAACUAAGAUACAUUUUGAAGGCUGUUUCUGCUGCGGCUUGGGUGAUAAUUUUACCAGUAACUUAUGCGUAUAGCUUGAAAAAUUCUCCUGGAUUUGCACAGACCAUUAGGAGUUGGUUUGGCAAUAGUUCAAGUUCAUCUUCUUUGUUCAUUUCGGCAGUUCUAAUUUACUUAUCUCCAAAUAUGCUCUCUGCAUUGUUGUUUCUGUUUCCAUUCAUCCGUCGGUAUCUAGAAAGGUCAGACUAUAAGAUUGUGAUGCUCAUUAUGUGGUGGUCUCAGCCUCGGCUCUAUGUUGGAAGGGGAAUGCAUGAGAGUGCAUUUUCUCUUGUCAAGUAUACUGCAUUUUGGGUUCUCCUCAUUGUGGCAAAGUUAGCUUUCAGUUACUAUGUAGAGAUAAAGCCUCUUGUGGGUCCUACGAAAGCUAUCAUGCAAGCUCAGACACCAACUUACCAAUGGCAUGAGUUCUUCCCUCGAGCCAAGAACAAUCUUGGUGUUGUGAUUGCACUCUGGGCACCUAUUUUUCUUGUCUAUUUCAUGGAUACCCAGAUAUGGUAUGCUAUUUUCUGCGCAAUAUUUGGCGGCAUAUAUGGUGCUUUUCGCCGUCUUGGAGAGAUUCGGACAUUACAGAUGUUGAGGUCCCGAUUUCAAUCAUUGCCAGGUGCUUUCAAUGCCCGCUUGAUUCCUCUGGAAAAGAGUGAGAAGCGUAAGGGACUGAAAGCUGCAUUCUCUCGCAAAUUUGAUGAGAUCUCAUCCAACAAAGGGAAGGAGGCAGCAAGAUUUGCUCAGUUGUGGAACAAGAUAAUUACUUGCUUCAGAGAGGAGGAUCUAAUAAAUAAUAGAGAAGUGAGCCUAUUGCUUGUCCCAUAUUCGGCUGAUCGUGAUUUGGACCUUAUCCAGUGGCCUCCAUUUUUACUUGCUAGCAAGCUUCCCAUACUAUUGGACAUGGCUAAAGAUAGCAAUGGGAGAGACCGUGAGCUAAAAAAGAGAUUGAAUUCAGACAAUUAUAUGCUCUGUGCUGUCCGGGAGUGUUAUGCUUCAUGUAAAAACAUUAUCCAUUUUUUAGUUUUAGGAGAACGUGAACAAAUUGUCAUCAAUGAGAUUUUCUCCAAAGUCGAUCAUCAUAUACAAGAAGGUGAUCUGAUAAGCGAAUUGAAUAUGAGUGCUCUGCCUAGCCUCUAUGAACAAUUUCUUCAGCUUAUUGAAUAUCUGAUAGAAAAUAGAAAAGAAGACAAGGAUGAGGUUGUCAUUGUGUUACUGAACAUUCUUGAGGUUGUGACCAGAGACAUAAUGGAAGAUCCAGUUCCUAGUUUGCUAGAUUCAAGCCUCAGUGGCUCUUAUGGAAUGCAUGAAGGAAUGACACCCUUGGAUCAACAACAUCAGUUCUUUGGCGCACUUAGGUUUCCGGUUACAGAAGAGACAGAAGCUUGGAAAGAGAAAAUAAGAAGGCUUCAUCUAUUGCUUACAGUGAAGGAAUCUGCUAUGGAUGUGCCAACUAAUAUAGAAGCUAGAAGGCGCAUUUCUUUCUUCUCAAAUUCAUUGUUUAUGGACAUGCCUGCAGCACCGAAAGUUCGCAAUAUGCUUUCCUUUUCUGUUCUAACUCCCUACUACAAAGAAGAAGUCCUUUUUUCCAUGAAUCUCCUGGAAAAGCCAAAUGAAGAUGGUGUUUCUAUCCUAUUCUACUUACAAAAGAUUUUUCCUGAUGAAUGGACCAACUUUCUUGAACGGGUUCAAUGCAGCAGUGAAGAAGAACUAAAAGGAAAUGCAGAGCUUGAAGAACAACUUUGUUUAUGGGCCUCAUAUAGAGGCCAGACAUUAACCAAAACUGUACGAGGUAUGAUGUACUAUCGGCAGGCUUUAGAACUUCAAGCUUUCCUUGAUAUGGCAAAUGAUGAAGAAUUGAUGAAAGGCUAUAAGAUUGCUGAAUCAAAUACUGAGGAACAAUCAAGGAAUGAUAGGUCAUUGUUGGCACAAUGUCAAGCAGUAGCUGAUAUGAAGUUCACAUAUGUGGUGUCGUGCCAACAAUAUGGCAUUCACAAACGAUCUGGUGAUGCUCGUGCCCACGACAUUCUGAGGCUUAUGACAACGUAUCCAUCUCUUCGCGUAGCUUACGUUGAUGAGGUUGAAGAAACUAGCAAAGGUAUAUCAAAAAAGAUGGUUGAAAAGGUUUAUUAUUCAGCUCUUGUGAAGGCUGUACCAAAGUCUGUUGACUCAUCUGAGCCAGGUCAAAGCCUAGACCAGGUUAUCUAUCGAAUAAAACUUCCAGGACCUGCUCUAUUGGGUGAAGGAAAGCCAGAAAAUCAAAACCAUGCCAUAAUUUUCACGCGCGGGGAAGGCUUGCAAACUAUAGAUAUGAACCAGGAUAACUACAUGGAAGAAGCCUUCAAAAUGAGGAACUUGCUGCAAGAAUUUCUUAAAAAGCAUGGUGUGAGGAAUCCAACAAUACUGGGACUUAGGGAGCAUAUAUUCACUGGCAGUGUUUCUUCUCUUGCAUGGUUCAUGUCAAAGCAAGAGACUAGCUUUGUAACAAUUGGACAGAGAUUGUUGGCCAAUCCCUUGAAGGUUCGCUUCCACUAUGGCCAUCCAGAUGUGUUUGAUAGACUCUUUCAUCUGACCAGAGGGGGUGUCAGCAAAGCUUCCAAAACCAUCAACCUAAGCGAAGAUAUAUUUGCAGGUUUCAAUUCUACGCUACGUGGAGGCAAUGUUACUCUUCAUGAAUACAUACAAGUUGGUAAAGGGAGGGAUGUGGGCCUCAAUCAGAUCUCGCUGUUUGAGGCAAAGAUAGCCAAUGGCAAUGGUGAACAGACAAUGAGUCGUGACAUAUACAGACUUGGCCAUCGGUUUGAUUUCUUCCGAAUGUUGUCAUGUUAUUUCACAACUGUGGGCUUCUAUUGGAGCACCUUGAUAUCUGUGCUUACUGUCUAUGUGUUCCUUUAUGGUCGACUUUAUCUCGUUCUUAGUGGACUUGAACAAGGAUUGAUUACCCAACCAGCUAUUCGGGACAACAAGCCUCUUCAAGUAGCUCUUGCUUCACAGUCUAUUGUGCAAAUGGGAUUUUUGAUGGCAUUGCCCAUGAUGAUGGAAAUAGGCCUUGAGAGGGGUUUCAGGAAUGCGUUGAGUGAUUUCAUACUGAUGCAACUACAGUUGGCUUCUGUAUUUUUUACAUUUUCUCUUGGUACAAAGACCCAUUACUAUGGAAGAACUUUGCUUCAUGGCGGUGCACAAUACAGAGGUACAGGUCGUGGCUUUGUUGUGUUCCAUGAAAAGUUUGCUGACAACUAUAGGCUGUACUCCCGGAGUCAUUUUGUCAAGGGAAUUGAAUUGAUGAUUCUGCUUCUUGUGUAUCAAAUAUUUGGUCAAGCGUAUAGAGGUGUAGUUCCAUUCAUACUGAUCACUAUAUCAAUAUGGUUCAUGGUGGGAACAUGGCUUUUUGCUCCCUUCCUCUUCAAUCCCUCAGGCUUUGAGUGGCAAAAAAUUGUUGACGACUGGACAGAUUGGAAUAAGUGGAUAAACAACCGUGGAGGAAUUGGUGUGCCUCCUGAAAAAAGCUGGGAGUCAUGGUGGGAAAAGGAACAAGAGCAUCUUCGUUACUCUGGGGCACGUGGUAUUAUUACUGAGAUUUUGAUGUCCUUGCGCUUUUUCAUCUUUCAGUAUGGACUUGUAUAUCACCUGACCCCUACGAAGAACACUCAAAGCAUUCUGGUUUAUUGUAUAUCAUGGCUUGUGAUCUUUCUUGUAUUGGUUUUGAUAAAGGGUGUGUCUUCUGGAAGGCAAAGAUUUAGUGCAAGGCACCAGCUUGCUUAUCGAUUGAUGAAGGGCCUCAUCUUCCUGACAUUUGUUACUACUCUAAUUCUUUUAAUAGUGCUUCUCCACAUGACUAUUGAGGACAUCAUAAUAUGCAUUCUUGCUUUCAUGCCAACAGGAUGGGGGUUGCUUCUGAUUGCGCAAGCUUCAAAGCCUCUGGUUCAACGAGCUCAUAUCUGGGGAUCAGUUCUGACACUUGCUCGUAGUUAUGAGAUACUCAUGGGCUUGCUUCUAUUCACCCCGGUUGCAUUGUUGGCUUGGUUCCCAUUUGUUUCAGAAUUCCAAACACGGAUGCUUUUCAAUCAAGCGUUUAGCAGAGGUCUACAGAUCUCACGUAUUCUUGGUGGGCAGAGGAAGGAACGCUCCUCUGGCAGCAAAGAGUAACUAACUAUAGGGAAUUGCGAUUGCAACCAUGUAAUACCCUUGUUCCUCCAUCAAUGGGUAAAACAUUAGUUGGGGCUAGUAUCGUCGGUCUUAUUUGACGUGAUGAAGAUUGUGUGAUGUAAAUACAGAUUGGAAAUGGAAAUGUGUGAAGUGUUAUAUGUAUAGGUUAUUACAAUCUUCUAGUUGAAUCAGAGGUUAGAUAACAGCACAUACAGUGUGAUAGACGUAGAUUGCUGCUUUCUAUAGAUGCCUAUAGCCUCUAAUGUCAUUAUUGAAAUUUCUAUUGCUCAUGUCAAAUGUUAUCUCUAGGGCUAUACGGAUCUUGGAUUUGUGGUGAAAAAAAAACAGAAAAGAAAAAUGACAAUUUUAGUUUAUAUUUCAUUCACUUCA